UCCUUUUUCAACCCAUAGUCUUCAACCAGAAGAAAGAGAGAGAGAGAGAGAAGCAGAGACAGUGAAGGGGCGUCGUUAACCUAAGAAAGAGUGACAGAUAGCAGAAAGUAUCCUCUCGAUUCUUCUCCUUUUAUAAUUAUAUUUCGAGAUCUCAAUUCCUCAAUCAAUAAAAGGAAGUGGUUCUCUUUCAGCCAUGGCAAAUUCGAAGGGGUCUUCAAAUAUGAGAAGUUAUAUGUACUCUGGAAAGCAUGCAUUACUGCCUCCAAAAAUUCCUUUUCCUAGUGUUACCCCAUCAUAUCUUGAUUAUAUGCCCAGUGGUGUAAUUGGAUCAAAAGCUGUUCAAAGGCCUAGAGAGGGAAACAGUCAUCACCAGCGAACAUCCUCUGAGACACUUCUCCUAGAGGAGCAACCUUCCUGGCUUGAUGAUCUCCUUAAUGAGCCAGAGACACCUGUUCGUAGAGGAGGUCAUCGGCGUUCAUCCAGCGACUCCUUUGCAUAUGUAGAUGUAGCUAAUGCUUCUAACAUAGACAAUGCUGCACAGGAUGAGUAUAGAUACAAAAAUAUGAUGUCAAAACCUUCUUGGGGAUCCCAAGACUUUGAUUAUCACAAUGAUGCUCGUCAAAACUUUCUCUAUGCUGACGUUAACAUGAAAAAACAAAAAAAUAGGUCUUGGGAUUCAUCCUUGAAUGCUGCAACCUCUCCAAGUGGACUUCCUUCUGCAAGGGAGAAUGCUGUUUCACAGAGCUUGGGGUCAUCAUGUACUCCACAGGAAGCAGAUGGUGUCCCAACUUCUUUGAAUGAAAAGCAAGAUUCAGCUGAAUCUGGUUCCAAUGAUUCAAAAAAAUCAUCUGAAAGAAAGGAUGGUUCUCAUGCUAGGUCUUCAGCAUUAGAGACUGAUACAAAACGUGCUAAACAACAAUUUGCUCAACGUUCCCGGGUUCGGAAACUUCAGUACAUUGCUGAGCUGGAAAGGAAUGUACAAGCUUUACAGGCAGAAGGAUCUGAAGUUUCAGCUCAGGUUGAAUUUCUCAACCAGCAAAAUCUUAUUCUAAGCAUGGAGAAUAAAGCUCUCAAGCAACGUUUGGAAAGUUUAGCUCAGGAGCAGCUUAUCAAAUACGUGGAACAUGAAGUUUUGGAGAGAGAAAUUGGAAGGCUACGAACCUUGUAUCAGCAACAGCAGCAACCACAGCCACAGCAGCAACCAUCUUCCAGCCAUCGCCGAACUAACAGCAGGGACAUUGAAUCCCAGUUUGCAAAUCUUUCCCUGAAAUAUAAGGAUGCUAAUUCUGGCCGAGAUCCUGUGACAGGUCCACUCCGCACUUAGAUAAAUGCAUUAACCAGAGAUUUGUUGUGCCACCAUUUUACCUUGGGCUGCCACAUUAACCAUCAUUAUUUUCUCCUCGAGUGGGGUAAAGCCGAGUUGCUCCAGUCUUCAUCCCAUCUCUCUGCCUGAUUUGCACAAAUUGUUUUUCCACUGUUUCUUGCCCCUUUUCAUUUGAUAAUUAAUAUCCUCAUGCGCACCUGGUAGUCGUUGCUGAAAAUCACAAAUUCAUGCAAGCCGACUCACAGGAGGUGGUAACUUGUGGGGUUCCAUAUUUUGGGCCCCUUCUGUAUGUUCAGGUGAUUAUAAUUCAGGAAAUUUGUGUGCUCCACUUCUGAUCUGGUCCAUUUGAAGUAUCCACUUUGUGGAGUGAAAUGUAGUUAAAGGAUAUGUAGGGCCUGUUGGAUAUGCAUACUUUGUAAUGACAAUAUUCAAAGGAAAUGCUUUCUUGUAAAAUCUCUUCAAUGAAGUUCAUGUCUUCCUUCA